AUGGGUAUCGCCGGAGGAGAGGGGGUGGAUAAAAGCGUUGAUUCCAAACACGCGGACCGCAAAGACCUGCUUCCCCCGAACUCUGCGUUAGCGUACACUAAGCGAAACCCGCACGGAAGGGCAAUUCAGGCGAAUCGCUGCAGUGUGGGAAUUCGCGGUCGACUCUUUUCCAUCUCUCACGACAACACACUCCCUCCCCUAUCGACACCGACAAGGGCCAUUUCACCCACCAUGGCUUCCGUCCCGAGUGUGCAAUGCUUCGGCAAGAAGAAGACGGCCACCGCUGUCGCCCACUGCAAGCAAGGCAAGGGCCUCGUCAAGGUCAACGGCCAGCCCCUCUCUCUGGUCCAGCCUGAGAUCCUGCGCUUCAAGGUCUACGAGCCCCUCCUGAUCGUCGGCGCUGACAAGUUCGCCGGUGUCGACAUCCGUGUCCGUGUCACCGGUGGUGGUCACACCUCCCAGGUCUACGCCAUCCGUCAGGCCAUCGCCAAGUCCAUCGUCGCCUAUUACCAGAAGUACGUCGAUGAGCACUCCAAGAACCAGCUCAAGCAGGCUCUUGUCCAGUACGACCGCACCCUGCUCGUUGCCGACAACCGUCGUGCUGAGCCCAAGAAGUUCGGUGGUCGCGGUGCCCGUGCCCGCUACCAGAAGUCUUACCGUUAA